AUGACCAUCCUCGCCGAAACCACGUCGGAGGUGAUCCCCGGCACGGUCCACCUCGUCGACCUGGACCACACCAUGCACACGCGCCACGCCGACGCGGGCGCCGGCGACAUCGUGCUGGUGCCGACCCCGUCCAAUGACCCAGACGACCCGCUCAACUGGACGCCGCGACGCAAGAUCCUGUCGACCAUCUGCACGAAUCUAUACACGUGGUUCACCGGCAUGAGCGUGUCGACCGUAUACUCGGUCUUGGUGCCUCUCUCGGCCGCGUCGGGCGUGUCCGUGUCGACCCUCAACCAGGGUACCGGCUACAUGUUUCUGUUUCUCGGCUGGAGCUUGCUCUUCUGGCAACCCUUCUCGCUGCGAUACGGCAAACGCAUGACCUACCUGAUCUCCAUCCUCGGAUCGCUGGGAACCAGCAUAUGGAGCGCCUACGUGACGAGCAACGGAGAAUGGAUCGCCAAGUGCAUCAUCCAAGGCUUCUUCAAUGCCCCCAUCGAAGCUCUGCCCGAGAUCUCCGUCACUGAUGUGUACUUCACCCACCAGCGGGGCACAUACAUGGGCAUCUACGCCUUCACCCUCGCCGGCAGCAACUACUUCACCCCUGUCCUCUGCGGCUUCAUCGCCGAUGGCCAGGGCUGGAGGUGGGUGUUCUACUGGCCGGCCAUCUUCCUGGCGUUUGUCUUCCUCUUCCUGUUCUUCUUCAUGGAGGAGACCAACUACACGCGCAAGACCGCCGGGCUCAUCGUCGAGGUCGACACCCCGCCGCCAGAGCCGGCUGCCGCGAUGGACGCCGCGAGCAAGGAGAAGCUCCCCACGACCGUUCUUUCAACCGCCCCGUCCGCCACCGAGUACGGCCCACCGAAGACGUUUGUCCAGAAACUGUCGCUCUGGAACCCGCAACCCGGCCAGCCCAUGUUCCAGCGCGCGUACCGCAGCUUGACCUACCUGACCUGGCCGGUCAUCUUCUACGCGGGCUUCUCGUACGGUUCGUACCUGAUCUGGUUCAACGUGCUCAACGCCACGGCCUCGAUCAUCCUGGGUGGGCCGCCCUACAACUUCAGGCCCUCGAUGGUCGGCCUGUCGUAUCUGUCGUGCACCAUCGGCGUCAUCAUCGGCUGUCUCGUCUCUGGAAGGUUCAGUGACUGGCUGACGAUCAAGCUCGCCCGUCGAAACAACGGUAUCAUGGAGGCUGAGCAGCGUCUGUGGCCCUUCAUCCUCUGUGUCCUGAUCGUUCCAGGAAGCUUGAUCCUGUGGGGAGUUGGCGCCGCGCAUGGGGUUCAUUGGUUCGGCUUGAUCUUCGCGAUGGGUGCAUUGGCGUUGGCUACCACAUUUGGAGUCACCCUCAGUGUCAACUACAUGAUCGACAGCUAUCACGACAUCAGCGGCGACGCCAUCGUGACCGUGAUCCUGGUGCGGAACACCAUGUCCUUCGCCAUCAGCUACGGGAUCACGCCCUGGUUGACCAACUUGGGCUAUCAGAACUGCUUCAUCUCCGCCGCCUUCAUCGGCAUGGCAGCCUCGUCUGUUUUCUUCUUCAUGAUCGUGUACGGCAAGAAAUUCCGCGUGAGCAGCGCCACCAAAUACUGGAAGCUGGUGGGUGCCGACAGGGAGAGGUCGGCGGCACUUUGA